UACCAUUCUAGAAGGAAAGAAAGAGGGACGUUCCUAUCUCAGCAUCGGGUAAACAAGAAAUGUGAUAAGGAUGCAUUGCAAAGAAGUGUUAAGAUUCGCGCUUUGAUCUAAGAUUAUUCUUGAAAAUAAUGAAGACGUUCGAACGAUUUUAAAAAAUCAGUGAUCAGCGGAUCAGAGAACGGAACGAUUUCGAUCGCCCUUUAUCGAAAAUAGUUCAUCAGUUACGUGACAUGCAUCACGAUGAAUACCUCGUACGUAGCAGUUGUUAUUUUACUGUCGACGACGAUCAUAGCUUGGGCAGAAAUCGACUGCAACGAUCCUAACUGGCACAAUCUUGAGACUAACGAAAGUUCGAUACAUAAUUGCGGAGAUGCUUUUAAAAAUCGUUGUCAUUGUUUAAGGACAUGUUACGACGGUCAUCACCAAUACGUCGUGAAUUGUACGAAUUCAGAAUUUUACGAUACCACGCCACUGGAACAUCUUCCUAAUGCGACUCAGGUAUUAAUAUUCACGGGUAAUAAUCUCAAAGAAUUACCAUGGAACGUAUUCGGCACGUUGGAUAGAUUGCCAUAUUUGCGAGUAAUCGAUAUGUCUAAUAAUAAAAUUCGGGAAAUUCGUGGAAAAGCUUAUCACCAUGUUAAACAAGUGGAACGCCUUAUCCUUGAUUUUAACGAGCUUUCACUCGACCCUAGUAGAAGUCAUCCUAGAGUGUUCUCCAACUUCGUAUCUCUUUUAGAGUUGCAUUUAACAGACGCUUUCGAGGAUGGUCAACCGAAAGAUCUAGCGGCCACUCUUCACGAUAUAUUCGUUAAUAGCAAUCUCACUCAACUCAUGAAAUUGCAUUUGGAGCAAAAUGAGAUAUCAGAGUUCAGAGAUGCAAACGUUUUCUGUGAUCUACCGAAUCUUUUGGAUUUACAUUUAGGAGACAAUGCUUUGAUGGGACUGCAUUUCAAUCUAUCCUGCCUUCAUAAGUUACGUUUUUUGGAUCUUCAGCGGAAUAAAUUUACGACCGUCUUAGAUUAUGAUAUUCGUGUUAUGGAAUCGCUCGUUAAACAGAAUCAGUCUUUCACUGUGGAUUUCUCAAAAAAUCCAUUUGUGUGUUCCUGUAAACUUAAUCCCUUUAUUAAAUGGAUGAACAAAACCAAAGCUUUCAUAAGAAAUAAGAGCAGCUUACAAUGUUUAGAAGAUGGAGUGCUACAGAAAUUUCAUGAAACUGAUAAUUGUUCUCUAAGAUUAAGAAUGUCUAAAAAAGGAACUACAGUGGCACUUUAUUUCUUAUCAUUUCUACUCGUUGUUUUAGUAUGUGCUCUCAUUUAUCUACAACGUAUAAAACUCCAGAAAAAAUUUGAGCCAAUUUUAAAUUCUGUUAAUAAAAGAGUUCGAUACACUACUAUAGCUACUGGAGAAACCCGUGAGGAUGUAUAAGAUUAUGUAGUAAAUCGAAGGUUUACUAUAAGUUUCUUAUAAUAUACUAUUACCAAUAACUUAAUGAACAUUCAUUAUUAUAAUUACUAUAAAAUAGUCAAAUAAAUUGUUGUCUUUGUUUAAAACUU